GAUCUAGACGAGGCACCGCGCACAGAAGGGAGCCCGGUCGGGAUCAGCCAGCCCCGGGCAGGAUCCGGGUUCCCGGGCGGAGGCGGAGCUGCGGCAGGGAGGAUCCAAGGAGGAGCCGCGGCUGAGCGGCCAUCGCAGCCUGGACCGCGGCCCCGCUGCUGAGCUGAGCCCGAUGGCCUCCCGCCUCCUGCACCGCCUGCGGCACGCCCUGGCUGGAGAGGGCGAGGGUGACCUGGAGGGACAGGGCGGAGGCGGCUCAGAGGUGGAGGAAUUCCCAGAGAGCUCCGAACUGGAGGAUGACACUGAGGGGCUGUCCACGCGGCUCAGCGGCACCCUGAGCUUCACCAGUAAUGAGGAGGAGGCGGCAGAGGAGGAGGGGGAUGCUGCUAGCCAGGAGCUGGGGGAUCUGUGUGAGCUGGGGCUGCCCAAGAACCCUGGAGCCAUGGAGAAUGGAGAUCCGAGCCCCGCUCCAGCUGAGCGCCAGGGCAGUAACCUCCUGACACGCCAGCUCCAGGACUUCUGGAGGAGAUCACGCAGCAGCUUCGUUCCCCAGCGGCUGCUCUUCGAGGUCACCAGCACCAGCGUUGUCAGUGAGCGCUCCUCCAAAUAUGUGGUGAGUGACAUCUCCCAGGGGGGGCCAGGCUGGGACUCUGCAGGGGGUGAUGGGGUACAGGCUGCCCAAUCCUGCGGGGUGCUGGAUGCUCCCCGCUCCUCCCGCAAAGGGAGAAGUGCUUGGGUCCCAAGACCCUUGGGAGUGUGCUGCCCUGGGGGCGGAGCGGGAGGGAGGGCGAGCGGGGGGGCUGGAGCUGAUUCUUGUCUCUGUCUCUCCCUGUGCUGCUCCGAUGGCGCUGGUGGCUCAGACGAGCCUCAGCUCUACACCAUCUACCUGAUCCGCUCCGGCCAGUUUGACAAGGCCCCUGCUGCCAUUGCCCGGCGCUACUCGGACUUUGAGAGACUGAACCGGCGCCUGCGCCACCAGUUCGGCUGCGACAUGGCGGGCGUCUCCUUCCCCAGGAAGAGGCUGCGCAGGAACUUCACGGCAGAAACCAUCGCCAAGCGGAGCCGGGCCUUUGAGCAGUUCCUGUCCCACCUGCACUCCAUCACCGAGAUCCGCUGCUCCUCCGACUUCCUGGAGUUCUUCUUCCUGCGCGACCUGCAGGCAGCGCAGCGCCUCACCUGCACCGGCAUGUACCGCGAGGCCCUGGCCACCUGGAGCAACGCCUACCGGCUCCAGGACAAGCUGGGCGCCUGCAAGUCGGGCCGCUUCCUCCUCACUCUGGCUGGUCUGGUGGUUUGCCACCAGGAGCUGGAUGAGCUGAGUGAGGCUCAUCGCUACUGCGAGCAGGCUCUGGAGCUCCUGGAGGCCCAAGACAGCCACCCCUUGCUGGAGCCCUUCCUUCAGGCCCAUGUCCACCUGUCCUGGAAGGUGGGGAAAGACAAGCGCCAGUCGGAGGCCAGGCUGCAGGGGCUGCAAGGAACGGGGGUGGCUCUGCAGCAGCAGCCCACCCUGAAGGAGUUCUUGAUCAAGGAGGCUUUGGACUGAGUGCCCAGGCCCCCAGCACUGGGGCUGUGUGGGGACUGAGCAGCGUGGGUCUCGAGGAAGGAGACUGCAUUGUGCAUUGGGACUGGAAGAGCAGCAGUGGCUGUAGGUCAGAGAUGGGGUGUGUCUUGAGCCUAGGCCUAGAGGGGGAGCUGCAGGUCGGGCUAAGUGUGCAGUGGCAGGGCUGUGUCUGGAAGGCGCAGCGGGGAGAGCGGGACGCUGGUGGAGGGGUGGGGCGGGGCGGGGCCCUGGACUGGCCCAGCACCUGCCUGUCCUGGGAGCUGCUCUCUGUACCGCUGACCUGUUCUCUUGGAAACAGCUCGACUCCCAGGGCUGGGCACACAGCCUCCCUGGUGCCAGGCCGACUCCCCUCAGCCCUUAGGGGAGGGAGCUGCUGGAACUCGCCAGGCCAUCCUGGUAUGUACUAAAGGGAUUCGCUGGCUCCAGGCAGAGUCUGGGGCUCUCGUUGGGAACUUGAAGACUUGGUAGGAAAAGGGGCCGAGACCCCCCAGAGUGGGUUCAGAUUAGCCCUCCCCGGCCCCACUGCAAGGAGGCAGCUCUCCAGCCUGGCCAGGGCAGCAGUGGGGGCUGGGAGGAGAGAUCCCCAGAA